UAUGUGAUUAUGAAUAGAAUUGUUACACUUCCGGUUUAUCGUGUUGUCCAGAAGUGUCCGAAUUUAAUCAAACACUUAUAAAACGAUAUUGGUUAUCUUAUAUCGUCCAAAUAUUCUGUGAGACUACUUUAUAAGCUGACCAGCUGCUUAUGACUUCACGCUACGUCGAACGUCCUAUAUACAAAGUUACUCAAGCAAAACGUAUUAUAGAUGAUGCAUGACACACAGGAAACGACAGUUAAGAUGCCUGCUACCUGAGAUUUCAACGCUCAAAUUAGCGUUUAUACAGUGAGUUAAGGCGCUGGAAUAACUUAAUUGUUGAAUUCAGGAAAUCACAGGUGUAGAACAGACACCUGGACUGGAGAGGCGGAUUACAAGUCGGAGGAAAACAAUAGCCAAAUAUGGCUGUUAAGACUUUGAUCUUCGGGAUUCUGUUUCUAAGUCUGGUGUAUGUUGUUUCUCCUCAGAACUUACGUGCAAGCUUCUCAAACAAAAACAAUGGAAAUGCAAAUGCACGGUUUUCUGGGAAGCCAACCAGACAAGUAUUUUCCGCAAAAAAUUCAAAAAGAUUUACCCGACCAGCCUCGUUCGGAACUUCCAGGCCUCAGAUGGGACAAGGAUUUCAUAGAACUCAGGCGACGGUUACAAGUGCACCCUUUCGACGUCAGUUUCCGUCUAAUGGUAGGAAUCCGUUCUUUGGUCGUCGGCAACAAAUGGUGACUGAUGCCCCAUUCACUAACCGUCAGCAACAACCAAAGAAUUCUUGGAUCAGUCCGAACAACAACCAAAGAUCGAACAAUGGUCCUUUUCGUUCAAACAUGAAACAGCAGUCGCAUCCAUUGGAGCAGAACUCUAUACAACCCCACAAGAAUACGAGGACGAAUGGUUUUCCAACAUACCGCCCUGAAUUACGACAGUUUGCUCAACCUUUUCAAUUUCAGAAAGAGGCAAUAACUACACAAGCUCCAUCUGUCGCGGGUAUCCAGAGUUUUGUCCCUUCUGGGUUUAAUUUCGGUAACGCAAACCCGUCGCCAUCCUACAAGUUUGAACCAUCGGUACAACCACAAAGGCCAAAUCAAAAUUCGCAUCCAAUGGCUGACAGUUUGAUCAAUAUGAAACCCCCACUACCACCAUCACAACAUAUUCGAAGGGCUCAGGGAGGAGGGAUCGGAGGAGGAGGGGGAGGGAAAAGAAAGUCUGUGGAAAAAAAUAAACCACUCAUCAAAGUCAGCGUAAACAACAAGAUAAUGAACAACCCUCCGCCUCAAUUGUUGGCAAACAAAAUACCAUUGUUUCAAAAACCUCCGAAACAGAACAGAAACUGGAGGAACAAUCCAAACCCCAGGCGGCAAGGCGGCAACCGACGAAUCAACAGGCAAGGCAAAAACUCAAACUGGAUGAAAAGGAAACGGGGCAGGCAACCUGGAAAGCCACGUCAGAGGCCCAUACAUGAAAGGACAACCCAGCAACCCUUCCACCAGCAACCAUUUGAGCCCCAAGCUCCUUUUCCGGGACAGCCACGGUUUCCCUUCCCGGGUCCUGCUCUGUUCAACAAUCAAGGUCAAGGGCCUACACCACCAACUAUACCGCCAACUAUGCCACCAACCGCGCCUACCAAUCCACCAAUGUUUCCACCCACGGCACCAUCCCCGUACGCCCCUACCUUCCCCCCUCCGACUGAUCCCUUCUACAUGCCUACAUCGCUAAACCCAACUUCAAGACUUACGCCCUCGACGCCUGCGCCAACUAGGCUCCCUCCUCCACCCAAAACGACAAUUGAUGGUAUAGGCCUUAAAUGUCACCAUACAGCGGAAUGCAGCGCUGGGUGUUGUUUUGACCAAUCAGGAACCAUGUUGGAUACUGAUACUUACGGACCAAACGCGCUCAAAAAUGGACUCGCUUCCGGUACUUGCCAGAUGAAACAACCUGGACUGGGGGAGACUUGUGAUGAUCUCUGUGCGUGCAAGACAGGCUUCGAAUGUUACCGCCGAUAUAAGCCUAACUACAAGCAAGGAAAGGUUAUGGCAAAGAAUCCCCUGUAUGAACCACCGACCCCACCUUCUAAGCCAAAGCGGACUUGUAUGCGUAAGGCCGUCACUUUGGCUGAGCGCUGGGCGUUCUGGAAAUGUUACUUUGACACAGCAUGUUCUGGACCACUGUUAAAAUAACUCCGUAAUUGAACUAGUAUUUUUACAAGUGCCAAUAUCCAAGGAGAGUCAGCUUGUAAUGUUUUUUUUACAUGUGACUAGCAUACAACUUAAACAUCCUUUUUUUUAUCUAGUAUAAAAAAUUCUAUAUGAUAUUUAAUGUGAUUGUUGUAACUUCAUGAUAUAUUCCCUUAAACUAAAUAUUCAGAAAACCAUUAUCAUAUUCUGAAAUGCUUUAAAGAUAUGUUUUCCAUGAAUUGUUUAUCAAAAUUUUCAAUCUCACGUUGUUACUGUUGAUUAAUUUCGCGGCGAUAAUACUACGCAGUUGUCCCCGAGGGAAAUGGAUAGCAGGUACGACAUUCAAUAAUCUACAAUAAAAGAUAAACUCAUCCUGCUAUUUAUGUGUAUGUAGACAGGCAUAUAAUAUAAAUCCGCAGAUGAUAUGACUCACGGUAAAAAGGGUCUUUAUCUUCGCUCUUUUAACAUGGUCCGUGAUUAUAUCAGAAUGAAUUCUUCGCGUUUCAUGUAUUAACCGUGAUUAUAUCAAAACUUAAUCUUCGCGUUUCAUGCAUUAACCGUGAUUAUAUCAAAACUUAAUCUUCGCGUUUCAUGCAUUAACCGUGAUUAUAUCAAAACUUAAUCUUCGCGUUUCAUGUAUUAACUGUGAUUAUAUCAAAACUUAAUCUUCGCGUUUCAUGCAUUAACCGUGAUUAUAUCAAAACUUAAUCUUCGCGUUUCAUGUAUUAACUGUGAUUAUAUCAAAACUUAAUCUUCGCGUUUCAUGCAUUAACCGUGAUUAUAUCAAAACUUAAUCUUCGCGUUUCAUGUAUUAACCGUGAUUAUAUCAAAACUUAAUCUUCGCGUUUCAUGUAUUACCCGUGAUUAUAUCAAAACUUAAUCUUCGCGUUUCAUGUAUUACCCGUGAUUAUAUCAAAACCUAAUCUUCGAGUUUCAUGCAUUAACCGUGAGUAUACGAAAAUUAGAUAAUUGCAUUCAGUUCACUCGUUUGUACUACUAACUAGGUUUUCUAUUCAAUAGAGUAUUUUGUGACUGAUAUAAACACCAGUGAUUUCAGUAUGACUUCGAAUAAUCAUACAUUAUUGGAUUGAUUCAAGUUAGUUUCGAGUAUGCAUUUGAUUUCAAUUGUUUUAUAGUUAAAGAAAUAUAUCAUGAAGUUAUGGACAACUUUUUGAAUGAUUAUUAAAAAAUUGAACUGUGGUAUACAAAAUGACAAUAAUUUUGUGUUAGUUAUAAUAUAUUGAGAAGUGUCACAUGCUAGUUAAGUUAUAAUUAAAGUUAGAAAUUGUGACGUUUGUUACAGGUUACUAAAAUGAUAAAACAUCUUAUUGAACUUCUUGAACAAUUUCACGUUAUUUGUUACAGCUUACUAGAAUUGUUAGAACAUCUUAUUGAACAUUUUGAACAAUCUCACGUUAUAUGUUACAGCUUACUAGAAUUGUUAGAACAUCUUAUUGAACAUCUUGAACAAUUUUACGUUAUAUGUUACAGCUUACUAGAAUUGUUAGAACAUCUUAUUGAACAUCUUGAACAAUUUUACGUUAUUUUUUACAGCUUACUAGAAUUGUUAGAACAUCUUAUUGAACAUCUUGAACAAUUUUACGUUAUAUGUUACAGCUUACUAGAAUUGUUCGAACAUCUUAUUGAACAUCUUGAACAAUGUCACGUUAUUUGUUACAGCUUACUAGAAUUGUUAGAACAUCUCAUUGAACAUUUUGAACAAUGUCACGUUAUAUGUUACAGCUUACUAGAAUUGUUAGAACAUCUUAUUGGACAUUUUGAACAAUGUCACGUUUUUUGUUGCAGCUUUCUAAAAAUAUAAGAACAUCUUAUUGAACAUCUAGAGCAAUGUCACGAUAUUUGUACAGCUUACUAAACAUAUAUCAAUUAAUCUCAUUAUACAUCAAAGUUGUAAAGUAAAGUUAUUUAACAUAUAUUAUAGCUUACUAAAGAUAUUAGCAUAACUUUGUGAACAGUAAGAACGAUGUCAGGGUAUUAUUUCAUGUCACAAUUUAAGGUAAUCGAUAUGGAACAGUUAUUAACAAUAACACAAAUUACGCCUUGUGAUGCUUCUUUAAAAAACAAUACAAUAUGCAUUCAUAAAUUUGGAAUUUUAGAACAAUUAAAACAAACGCAGCACAAUGUGAGAUAUAAUUUUCUGAACAAUCAAAACAAAACUACGUUACCAGUUGUAUACUAUUGACUGGUUUAAAUAUUAUUGAACAGUAAGAAAAUAUACAUGGUAGCCUUUAAUAAUAAUUACUUAAUGGUUCUAGAGAUCUGUUCUGAUGACAUUCGAGAGUUAACUCCCGUUGUAAAGUACGUGAACCAUUUUAAUAUCUUUACAGAAUUUUGAAUCUGUAAAAUAAUUCACAGAUUCUAAAAACAUCACAUUAGGUCAAGUCUGGAAGUAAUUUAUAAAUAAACACCAAAGAGGAAUUAAGUAAAAACGACGUUUUGUUGUUUCAGUAUAAUUAUGAAUUGUAACGGGAAGACAUAUAAAACGUUAAUAUGGGGCAAUAACUUACCCUAAAAACUCGAAGUUCAAACGACCUCAAUAUAGGCCGAAUAAGUCGAAAUAAGGUUGUGGUUUCUUACAAGCAAUAUAUUAACUUAGAAAUUUGCCUUUUCUGAAAAUAUGUAAUAUAAUUCUCAGCCCAUGUAGUAUCCGACAUUUUCCAGAUAUUAUAACAGAUAUCGUGUGCCCCUACAUGUCUUUAUGCUCUGUUGCAUGUUGAUUAUACAUUUUUCAACGGUCCGUUUAUAGGCAAAGAAUACUUCACACACUGUGGAAUUUCUGGAUUUGUCAUAUUUCAUCAUAUUAAAAGAAAAUAGCUGGUCGUUUGCAUCAAAUUGUAAUCUCAUAAGCAAAUACAAUGUGAGUCUUUCUUCCAAAUAAGCCUGUAUUUGCUUACUGUGAAAGAAAAUGAGCCACAUCUUAUCUUCUAGAUUUUAUGGUAUUUUAGCUUAUACAUGCUUGUUACAAAUGAGGCAAUUUCCUUUGUUAUCACGUUAGGUUUCAAGGAUUGUAAAAUACAUCGCUCGAAAUAAGUGUUUUGGGUGAAUUUUUGUUUGCUUUUUCGGCGGAGGGAUACUUUGCAGUAGAUAUGUACUUCAUGUGUGAUAUUGUGUUUUAGGUAAAUUUGAAAACAGUUAUUUUGAUAUUGACUAAUAAUUCUUUAUUCACACAUGAAAUGCAGUAUGUAAAAACAUGGUGUAGCAUUGAACUUUUGCUUUGCUGUUUGUCUAUACCAAUAAACGACACAAAGAAUUUAAAUCA